AUGCCAUGCUUGGUCACACAAGAUGGAGAUAAUGACAGGACGAGAGAAUGACGUGGCGGAAACAUCGGGCGUCCUUCGAAGGGCGUGGGGGCGCAGGACUCCCCUAGAAAAGGUGCUCCUUGCGAUAUCUGGGGUGGCGGUGUUGGCCUGUAUGGCGAUGGUGGGGAUCCUUGCUACGUCUGGCUCUCAAACCCCUCGGACGCUCUCUGCCGACAUGCUCCCAUCACAGGCAAAGGAGUCACAGACAAGGCUGACUGCUGAGGUGAUUCAUGAUAAUUUUUUGAAGUUCAUGGAAGUUCAUGAUGAUAAGGCCCACAGGCUCCCUGUAUAUAACACUCAAACUGCGUCGGGCAAAGUGGAGAUCUGCAGUACUGAAGAAUGUGUUCUAGCUGCUGCAGACAUCUUAGAGGCAAUGGAUACCUCAGUUGAUCCUUGUGACAACUUCUACCAGUUUGCAUGUGGCGGCUGGGAGCAGAAAAACCCCGUUCCGGAUGAGUCUUCAAGAUGGAGCCAGUUUGACCUUCUUCGACGUGAGCUGAGCAAUGCUCUGAGUGUCAUACUUGAAGAACCAGAGGCUGCUGAUGAACCCUCACCCCUGAAAAAGGCUAAAGUCAUGUUCUCUGCCUGCAUGAAUACAACUGCUCUAGAAGAAGCCGGCCUUAAAUACCUAACGGACUUCCUCUCGCUGUAUGGUGGAUGGCCCAUGACUUCAACAGAUUGGAGUGAAAAGAACUUUGACUGGCAGUUCACAGUCGCUGAUGGAAGGAAGACGCUUGGCAGUGCAUAUCUAUUGAGCGUGUGGGUGUUUGCUGAUCAGAAAGACACUGACACGACAGCCUUGUACACUGAUCAAACCUCACUGGGGCUGCCAAGAUCUGUGCUGAUUAAUCCUUCCAACUAUGAGGAGCGAAUCAACGCCUACAAAACUUACAUGGCUGAGACCGCAUCUAUCAUGGCCAAACAUCUUGGUCAGUCUGUAAGUAGUGAGGACAUCCAGCUUGAUGUAAAUGCCGUCUUUGACUUUGAAAUGCUCCUUGCCAACAUCACUACCCCUGAUGAAGAUCGGCGAGAUAUUGACCGCAUGUACAAUCCCAUGACGGUGGCAGAGCUGAGUGACCUAACACCUAACACCAGCAUCAACUGGCAGCAACUCCUGUCCAACAUGUUUGCUGUUACUGGAAACCCUAUUGAGAGUACUACGCGGGUUAUUGUACAGGAGGUUGAGUAUAUGAAGAGAAUGGCUAUACUCAUUGACACCACAAACCAGCGGACACUUGCUAACUAUCUCAUGUGGCGUCAUGUAAAGGCCCUUGGUGAUGAGACAAACCAGGAGAUGCGUGAUGCAUCCUUCAAGUAUGCUAUGGUGGCCAAUGGAGUGACUGCAGCUGAACCCAGGUGGAAGGUAUGUGCUGACAAGACCAAUGACUUCCUCGGCAUUGCCCUUGGUACUAAGUACGUUGAGACCUACUUUUCACAGCAGGCAAAGGAUGAGGCCAAUGAAAUGGUGGAAGACAUUCGUUCAGCCUUUAAGGAUCUGCUUGAUGUCAACGAUUGGAUGGAUGAAGCAACCAAACCUCUCGCUAUGGAAAAGGCUAAUGCUAUCUCCAAAUUCAUCGCUUACCCUGACUGGUAUGGAAACGCCACUGCACUUGAACACUUCUAUGACGAUCUUGGUGAUGUCCAUACAGACAGACACUUUAGCAAUGUGUUGACUCUUAGUUCCUGGUGGAGCACAGAUGAGCUGAAUGACUUUGGCCUCCCAACGGAGCGAAGCAAGUGGUUCUCGGCGCCAACCAUUGUCAAUGCCUUCUACAUGCCAGAGUUUAACUCAAUCACUUUCCCUGCGGGCAUCCUGCAGCCACCCUUCUACCGUGCUAAUUCCCUGCAGGCCCUAAACUAUGGGGGUAUUGGCCAGGUGAUUGGACACGAAAUCACUCACGGUUUCGACGACCAGGGCCGACAGAAUGAUAAGAACGGCAAUGCUAUCCCAUGGUGGACGAAUGCCACUUUGGAAUCAUUCAUGGUAAAAGCCCAGUGCAUCGUCGACCAAUACGACAACAUUCGGGUUCCUGAGAUCGAUGACUUCAUGCCAAAUGCCACACUCAAUGGUGUUAAUACUCAGGGUGAAAACAUUGCUGACAACGGCGGUUUAAGAGAAGCCUUUUUGGCCUACCAGAAAUACAUUGACCGCAAUGGAGAAGAACCGCGUCUUCCUGGUCUCGACCAAUACUCCCCCCAACAGAUUUUCUUCCUUUCUAAUGCCAACAUCUGGUGUGGUUCUAUUACCAAAGAGGGUCUUCUGAACCAGGUGCUUACUGACCCUCACUCCCCAGGCAAGUUCCGUGUACUGGUCCCCAUGCAAAACAUGGAAGAGUUCUCGAGUGUGUGGAGCUGUCCUGUUGGCUCUAGCAUGAACCCUGAGAAAAAGUGUAUCGUGUGGUAAUUGAAAUGGGAGGAGUUAGAGUUUAUUUUUCAGUUAUGGUUAUUUUUCAGUAGUAUUACACAUGAACGUGAUGGGUAGAACAAGGAAGGGAUUUAAAGUAUAUUGAUAUUUUCAUUCUUUAAUGUUGUGGACAAGAUGGCUUAGCUUGUGACUUAGACUAGAUAUAAUGUGUGUUUCAUAUGGAAGCAGUCUCUAUGCAACCAUACUCUGAAGUCUGUUUAGUUGAAACAAAUUUCUACGUGAAUUCAUACUUCCAAGUCUUCCUACAGAUUGAGGAAAGUAAAUUUAUUAACAUACUAAGGAUACAAUAAAACAAAUAAAUUUA